CAACAGGGCGGUCGGCGAGCCGGAGUCUGGUGGAAAGCCCGUGUCAUCAGCCGCGUCGAUGCGCCCCAUGCAUGCGUGUGUCCGUGUGAUGCGCUCGUGUCAGCUCCCAGUCGACCCCAUUCCCUGGAAAGGAGCAGCGAAGCAGCUCCUCGUCCUCAGGGCCGUUCGGCUAAGUCGGGAGGGUCCUGCACCCAAUCAGGUACUGCGAUCAGCCCGCGUCAUCGGCCGCGUCGAUGCGCCCCAUGCCUGCGUGUGUCCGUGUGAUGCGCUCGUGUCGGCUCCCAGUCGACCCCAUUCCCUGGAAAGGAGCAGCGAAGUAGCUCCUCGUCCUCAGGGCCGUUCUGCUAAGUCGGGAGGGUCCUGCACCCAAUCAGCCCGUGUCAUCGGCCGCGUCGAUGCGCCCCAUGCAUGCGUGUGUCCGUGUGAUGCGCUCGUGUCAGCUCCCAGUCGACCCCAUUCCCUGGAAAGGAGCAGCGAAGCAGCUCCUCGUCCUCAGGGCCGUUCGGCUAAGUCGGGAGGGUCCUGCACCCAAUCAGCCCGCGUCAUCGGCCGCGUCGAUGCGCCCCAUGCCUGCGUGUGUCCGUGUGAUGCGCUCGUGUCGGCUCCCAGUCGACCCCAUUCCCUGGAAAGGAGCAGCGAAGUAGCUCCUCGUCCUCAGGGCCGUUCUGCUAAGUCGGGAGGGUCCUGCACCCAAUCAGGUACUGCGAUCAGCCCGUGUCAUCAGCCGCGUCGAUGCGCCCCAUGCAUGCGUGUGUCCGUGUGAUGCGCUCGUGUCGGCUCCCAGUCGACCCCAUUCCCUGGAAAGGAGCAGCGAAGUAGCUCCUCGUCCU